UGGAGAAAAUGCUCUCAUGAAAACGUCCAACCGCUGUGGUUGGCACUGGCACUUGUGCGUGAGACUGGUUUGCUCUGAGAUUACGCACAGAUUAUUUUGAUAAUCUUGCGGGGAGGGUAACGCUCACCUGAUACUUUGCGGUUUUCCUGUUUUUUUUCCUUCUUCUCCCGGAGAGGCCGUGGUGUGACCAUAAACCAGUCAGAGUAAAUUAUGGAUCGCCUUUGUGGUGCAGUGGUUUGUUACAGUUUAUGAUAGAUAGAGCUUCUCGGCUUUGUGUCAGCUGCUUUUGUUUUGUCUUUUUACAAUGAUGGUCUCUGCGUCUGUCUCGCUUUGUAAUGCGCCACAAGCUGUUGCCAGCAGAGUUCCCUGCCCCUGGAUAGACCGUGUGCUUCUGUCAGAGACGAGAGCGCAGCAGCUAUGAGAGGACCCGCACUUGGAUUUUGUGUGAUCGGAAGAUUUGGUGCAGCUUUCUACAGAGAGCAGUGACACACAGCGGCAUCAGCAGCUGAAAAAGUUGGACUGGAAGUGGUUCCACACGUUCAAGUGAGGGAAACUGAUGCGCGUAAAGAAGGGAUGCCAGCCAGGCGUGGCUUGUGUUUGAACAUCCAAUGUGAGAAUGCGUGGGGAGUAUGUAUAUAAUAAGAGCCUUUCCAUCUGAUGAACAGAGAUAUCAAACUGAUGAUUAAAGCAGAGGACGAUCAAUAAACUCAGAGGACUGAUUUGGAGGAGCAGCAGCGCGCCGGGUAGCCCUUUGGCUUCGUGCGUGCAUGGACCGGACUUACUUAAAACUUUUCUCCCGCUUCGUGUCGCCGAAACCUUUUAAAUGCCGUCGCUUAAUCUGACAGCUGUGCACACCAUGGCAGAGGUCGGGAGCUUUUUGGGGACAAUCGACUUGGAUUUACAAAGCUUUCCUGCGCUGGGGAAUAUGCCCAUAGCGGAGCCUCCGGUGGGGCUGAAUGAGCAGCUGGGGCAGAUUGAGGGGAGGCUGCAGCGGGGGUCGCCGACGGAUUUUGGGCACCUCAAGGGGAUCCUGAGGCGGCGGCAGCUCUACUGCAGGACCGGCUUCCAGCUGGAGAUAUUCCCCAACGGCACCGUGCACGGGACACGACAGGACCACAGCAGAUUCGGUAUCCUGGAGUUCAUCAGCCUGGCAGUGAGUCUGGUCAGCAUCAGAGGGGUGGAUGCUGGACUCUACCUCGGCAUGAAUGAAAAAGGAGAGCUCUAUGGGUCGAAGAAACUGACAGCAGAAUGUGUGUUCAGGGAGCAGUUUGAGGAGAACUGGUACAACACCUACGCUUCAACUCUGUACAAGCACACGGACACGGGGCGCUUCUACUACGUGGCCUUGAACAAGGACGGCUCGCCCAGGGAGGGCGGCAGGACUAAGAAACACCAGAAACUCACUCACUUCUUACCCAGGCCGGUGGAGAUCGAAAAGAUCCCGCAAGCUUACAGGGACUUGUUCCAGUACAGGUGACCAGAGCUGGUUCCACCAGGAGCAACAGAAGCAAACGAAGAGGAGAGAGGGGGUGCUGCAGAUAUUUUGGACCUGGUACAGAACUGUACACCCUCCACUCGUGCUGAGGUCACUGGGUUUACACCACAGCCCACUACCAAGCACAUACUGCACUGACAUAAACUUUGUGCACGCUCCUGGAUGUUGCUUCUUUGGUUCUGUAGUGGACUUGUGACACCGGUAAGGACAGAAAGUUGUCUAGUUAAACCACUAAGGACACAGGGACGAAUGUGGCCCACAUGACUGCCCAGCUGUGGGGCAAUCAGGUGCCACGUUUUCUAAAUAACCACUUUUUUUUUUAGAGGUAAAUGCAUAGAUACUGCAGUGAAGAGCCCUAAACUGGUGGGGGAGAACAAAAAAAUGAAAGUUGAGUAUGAGAAUGCAGGAAAGAUACUUUAAAAAAGCUGCAGAAAGGAAACAGAAAGCACUGCAGAUGAAACAUGGUGCAUUUGUCACGCUUUAUACACAGUCAUGGUAAAUGUAAGCAAGGGCACAUUCCACAAACGCAGAGAUGGAUGGAUAGAAGGAGCGUGGCAGGUUUGGAUAGUCGGGUACUAAAGAGAACGGGAA